GCAGCAGCAGUCUGCUGCAGGUGGCUUCAGACCUGGCCUGGUCAUAGAUCAUUUCUGUAUUUGCUUAAGAAACAAAAGGCCCAAAGUCAGUUGACGAAGCUUUGCUGUUCUCACCUUUCCACUCCUUUUUGAACCAGUAAGGGAUCCGAGCUGAAACUCUGCAGCCAUGCCUCCCCCAGGAGUGUGUCUGAACAUUAUGGAGGCCCGUCAAAAACAGGAAGGUUAUGGGAGCCUCCUAAACCCCAGCUUGCUUUUCAGUCAAGACUACCAGCAGCUGAAGGAGUUCUGUGUCACCCAGAGAGUAAAGUUUAUCGACGACAUGUUCCCACCUGACAGGAAGUCCAUUGGACAGGGAAUACUGAGCCCCGCUGAUCUGGCCCGGGUCGUGUGGCUCAGGCCUGCAAAAAUAAGUCAAAAUCCAUCCUUUGUCCUUCAUGGGUUCUCAAGGUUUGACUUUGGUCAAGGAGCGCUUGGAAACUGCUGGUUUCUUGCGUCUAUUGGUGCUCUGACCUUCCAAGAUCACAUCUUCAGGCAGGUUGUUCCUGCUAAACAAGGGUUUGAUGAGAACUACUGCGGCCUGUUUCAUUUCAUGUUCUGGAGAUUUGGAAAGUGGGUGGAUGUUGUGAUUGAUGAUAAGCUGCCAACAAUCAACGGCAGACUAGUCUUCGUUCAGUCCAAGAACCAAACUGAGUUCUGGCCCGCCCUGCUGGAGAAAGCCUACGCCAAGGUAUGUGGCUCCUACACCGACAUGAAUGUUGGAACUCCUGCAGAGGCUAUGGUGGACUUCACUGGAGGUGUCCACAUAUGUAUCCAGCUGUCGGAUCCUCCUCCAGACCUGUGGGAGUUGAUGUCCAGAGCUGCUAACUUUGGUGCUCUGCUGGGCUGUAGCACACCACAAGAGGAGACGUCCUCUUCGACCUCAUCACCCAACGGGCUGGUUCAUGGCCACGCCUACACUGUGACGGGUGUCAUACAGUUGAUGAGCAGAAGGAAACCAGUAAAGAUGGUACGUUUGUGGAAUCCCUGGGGAAAAGGGGAGUGGAACGGAGACUGGAGUGAUCGGUCCUCUCUGUGGCAAACUGUGAGCUCCCAAGAUUGGGAAAAGUGCCUUUCAGUGGCUGAAGAUGGAGAGUUUUGGAUGACACUGGUGGACUUCUGUAAGUUCUACACAGAUCUUGACAUCUGCGGUCUAAAUCCAAACUUUCUUGAUGAGGACUCUUGCCACUGGAGGACCUCUAUGGUUGAGGGCCGGUGGGUUGCAGGAACUACAGCUGGAGGCUGCAUGAAUUAUAAAGACACCUUCUGGACCAAUCCACAGUUUCGAGUCAAGGUGUGUGGUGAAAGCUCAAAGAGAAAGGCUGAGAAAAACAUGCUGGUGUCUCUCAUGCAAAAACCUGACAAAAGGAACCGACACCUGGUUCAAAACCUCUACAUUGGGUUCUCCAUAUUUGAGAUGAAAGAACAGUAUCUGUCACACAGGGGGAAAUUUACAGCCUCAUUCUUCAGCUCACAAACACCUGUUGCCCAAACUAAAACCUUCAUGAAUGCUCGUGAAGUGAUGGAGUUCCUCACACUGAAGCCUGGAGAAUACAUGAUCAUUCCGUCCACCUUCCAUCCCAAUGAGACGGCUUCGUUCAUCUUGACCAUCCUCUGCAAGACAGAAACCCACUGCUAUGAUAAUUCUUGUGCUAUUUCUCCAGAACCAGUUCAAAAGCCAAUGAAGGUGAAGAACAGACAGGAGGAUGAAAAUAAAGCAACAUUCUUCUGUCAAUAUUCAGACAAGUAUGAAGAAGUUGAUGCUGAGCAGCUCCAGAGGAUUUUAAAUAAGAGCCUCUUAAAAGGUUUGGACUGUAAAAUCCUUCAGUGUGCAUCAACAUGUCACUUUAACAUGGUUAUAUGCUGCUCUUUGUUUUAUUCUUUAGAAGACCUCAAAUCUGGAGGGUUCAGCAUCGACGCCUGUAGGAGCAUGGUUGCUCUCAUGGAUACAUCUAUCACUGGAAAACUGAACAGUGAGGAGUUUAUCCGACUCUGGAACAAAGUUGUCAUUUACAAGGACAUUUUCUUUCAGACUGAUGUUUCUCGGACUGGAACUCUUUCACUGACUGAGCUGAGGAAUGCAUUCGUAGCUUCAGGGAUGAGAGUCUCUGAUGACAUGCUCAACCUGAUGGCUCUGCGCUACGGCGCCUCCUCUGGUCACAUGACUCUGGAGAGCUUCAUCAGCCUCAUCCUCCGCCUUGAAUGCAUGUUUAAAAUCUUCAGGCGGUUGUCUGAUGGUAAAACGAUGACUCUACAGGAAUCAGAGUGGAUCUAUGUUUCCAUGUACACAUGACCCUGUAGGAUAAACGGACCCACAGUUCUUCUGGAAUACAGGAAGAUGGUUGAUCGACAAAAGCUUCCUAAAUGCUUUCACUUUUACCUGAAACUGAGCCAUUAUAAUGUGCUUUAUCAAUUAUUUUUAUGUCUAUUUUCUGUGAAAAUCAUUUCAACCAAAACAUGAAGCCAAACCAAACUUAAUAAAUUUAUGUCAAACAUG